GUAGCGACAGUUCACCACAGAAGUGAGAGUUUGGAUCUUUUUUUUAAGUGAGAACAAAGUUUGGACAUGACAGGACUCAGCGGAUAGAAAACAAAGCGCUUCAGUCGUCUCCCUGACCGCGCGUCAUGAUGAAGCCACUGCUGCGCUCCAGCGUCUGUCUGUGGACCCUGCUGCUCCUCUGCGCGCUCCCACAGAACUCCAGUACAGCAUGUGUUGCUCAAUGUGACGUCAAUGGAACGGAAACAUUUACAAUAACAACAACAACAGUCAGCCUUGAUUCGAGACCAAACUGCUCUUUAUCCAGUGGGGAUAGUAUCCAUGGAAACGGUUCACUGACUGGUCUGAGUUCUGGAGCCGUCUAUCAAAUCUUCAUCAGUUGUUUAAACUGCUGUAAGGAGAUCACAACGAGGCCUUAUGGCAUUGGAGGGUUGGAGGCUGAAACCUUAAACACAACCGCUGCAUCGUUCUUCUACAAAGUGACUCACACACCAUCUCAGGGAGGAGGAUACAACACCUCCAACACCAGCCACACACUUGACUCCUUGCUUCCUGGGACGUCCUACAACAUCUCCAUCGCCACUGUGGGUCCCAGGGGCUUUGAGAGCGAGAAGGUUCACAUCUAUUGGGUUACUACAAAACCGUUGCAUGUGGAGUCUAUCGUGGCUCGUAUGACAGAAGAGGACAAAAUCACAGUCGCAUGGGAACCUGCUGAUUACACGGGACGCUUUCAUUACCGUUUCAACUGGAAUAGCCGACAUGGGCUCAAAAGUAUCAAAACACAGGAAACAAAUUAUACGAUGAACGACCUGGAUCCUGGCAGCCAAUAUAACUUUAGUGUCACCCCAGAGAUCUCUGACGAGAAACCGGGCAAUACAACAUGGAAUUCCAGCUGCACAAAUGCAAGCCCAGUGAACAACUUAACAUGUGAAGGUCCAAACAAACCAAAUCCACAAAUCAUCCUGUCCUGGACCAAACCCAGGGGCCAGCACUCCGGUUUACUGGUCACUGUCGAUGACAAGAGCUUCAACCUCUUGACAAAUACCUCCUACAAUUAUACUGUGUUCUACCUUCGUCACUAUACUAAAUACCGGCUGACUGUGAAGACGCUGAGCUGUGGACAGUCCAGCUCUCCUGUGUAUUGUGACAGCUGGACUGGCAUUACAGAUCCUCCCAUCGCACCCAACUUUAUCGCAAUGUUGGAAGUGACUGAGCAGGCACACAACAAGUUCUCCCUUCAGAUCAACAGAGAGCUGCUGAAUGACUCCAGAGGGCCAGUCACACAUGUUGGGGUGCUGGUGACAAAUAACCCUCCUGAUAAUUACACUUCACAUUUGAAGGAGUACGUGGGGAAAACUUAUGAUCAGUGGAGGGACGAUAAAACUCCAGUGUACCUGGCAACAGUCAGAGAGACCAAACUCCAGUCACGCAGUGCUGGGAACUAUCUGAGUAUAACAGUAGGAGAUGAAACUAAAUGGGAGGGCUACAGUAAUGGUGCUCUGGACGCCAAUGGACAAUACAGAUAUGCCAUCGUGUUGUUCACCAGUCUGCCACUGCAGAAUCGUCUUGUGGAUUACAAUGUGAUGCUGGCCUCAAUAACAGGCUUCUCCCCUGUUAUUGAACUCCCACAAAACCCAGCUGUCAUUAGCAUUGCUGUCGGAGCAACACUGGGCAUUUUUAGCGUUCUUUUCAUCAUCCUCAUCGGCUUUAUAAUCUACUGGAAAAGGUUUUCCAGAAAAGACCCGUCAGACAUCCAGAUUCACUCCAUGAGAGCCAAAGUGAGUGUGCCUGUGAGGGUGGAGGACUACGAGGCGUACUACAAGAAGCAGAAAGCAGACUCCAACUAUGGCUUCGCUGAAGAGUUAGAGGACCUGAAGGUAGUUGGUACAGGUCAGGCGAGGACGAGCGCUCUGACCUUAGAGAACAAGUCCAAGAACCGCUACACCAACGUGCUUCCAUACGACUUUUCAAGGGUGAAACUCUCUAUCAUCCAUGGAAGCCCAUACGAUGACUACAUCAAUGCUAGCUACAUGCCGGGUUACAACUCCAGGAAGGAGUUUAUUGCAGCUCAGGGUCCUUUGCCCAUCACAGUCAACGAGUUCUGGAGGAUGAUAUGGGAGAAGAAUGCACAGACUCUUGUCAUGCUGACACGCUGUAACGAACAGGGACGAGUGAAAUGUGAGCAGUACUGGGGUUAUGGCACCAAGCACUUUGAAAACAUCACUGUGACAACAACCUCUGACAUACCACUGGAAGACUGGACCAUCAGGGAGUUUGAUGUUAAAAAUUUGAAAACUGCAGAAACGCGCUCUGUGCGUCAGUUCCACUUCACGGCCUGGCCGGAUCACGGGGUCCCACAAACCACUGAGCUCCUCAUCAACUUCAGACAUCUGGUCAGAGAGCAUAUGGACCAGUACUCCAGACACUCUCCUACUGUGGUCCACUGCAGUGCUGGUGUUGGUCGUACAGGUACCUUCAUAGCCAUUGACCGUAUGAUCUUCCAGAUUGAAAGGGAUAAUAGCGUGGACGUUUAUGGCAUCGUCCAUGAUCAGCGCAUGCACCGGCCCCUUAUGGUGCAGACCGAGGAUCAGUAUGUGUUCUUACACCAGUGCGCCAUGGACAUCAUCAGGUCAAGAACUGGAAACAAUGUAGAUCUGAUCUACCAAAACCUCGCUGCGCUCUCUAUUUACGAGAACAUAAAACCCAAAAAAGGUCACAAAAACUGCGAUGCAUGAGCGAGAGAAGCUGCUCAGGCCUCUCUUUAUUUUCUUAACAAAGAUCUGAGCAGACAUUUGUAAAGUGAAGGCUUUAAAUAGAUUGAGCUGUAUUUAUUUUUAUACCCGUGUCAUUCUUGAUCAGGAACUUUUCUCGAUUUAAAUGUUUUUUUUCUGGUAUUUAUUUGUUAAAAAAUGUCGAAUGUCUGACAAUUAGGAAGAAUGUUUAUUGAAAUUUUUGAUGGUGUACAGUCACAUAAUUCAAACAUUUUUCAGACUGUAUGUAAACAUCUGUUUUGGAUUAGUUUGUAAGUGAUUUAUUUUUUCUGCUUGCUUACUACUGUAUAUGACUUACUGUUGAUUACAUUUUCAGCUCAGGUUAAUCGUUGUAUACUUGUAAAGGCAUUUUACAUUCAUGUUUGACAUAAGAAAAACUUAAUUGAACCUUUAAAAUGUCCUUGUGAAAAAGACUGUUGACAUGAACUUGUCAUAGGAAACUAUGUUUUCUGUAUCAUAUUUUUGAAAAGUUGGUCAGAUUGUUUUUGCAACUCUUUUACCAAUUUAAACUGUGCAAUGUCUUUAAAUGAAGUUGUGUUGGAGAAUACGUUGUAUUUGUACGCCCUGUAGUAAAUGCACUGGAUGCAUUGGAUUUUCUAUACUUUCCACAUUUUCACGUAUGUAAGAUUUUUUGGUCGUCAGUAUCUUUGAUUAUAUUUUUGCCUGUGCUUUGUGACUGUUUUGAACAUUUUGCUGUUUAUCCUGCAUCUGACAUCAUUAUUUAAGAUUAUGGGUCACAUCAUUAAACAAAAGCUCAGGAACUCAAACAAUGAAAAAUGACAUUUUAUUGGUUAAUGUGCUGUUUAAAAAAAUCCACCCUGCACAAGUGUGUGCUUUGCAUAGUUUUUCCUAAGAGAAACAACAGGCAUCACUUCCUGCUGCAUAUCUGCUCUAUCAAGGGACACUUCCUGUGAUGUUGAAACUGGUUUAUUUUUUUACCUUCUAAAUGGCAGAAGUUUCCACAAGGCAUGGUUUGUUUUUUUUAAGAUAAAUCCUGUGCAGUUACGCAGCAGAUUAUUUUAAAACUACCUUAUAGGUUGAUAGCACAUUCUGAUUAAAAAACAAGAGUAGCAAAUAGUUGUUUUAGAGAUGCUUUAUGAGAUGCUUGCUGGUACAAUGCAAAAAUAAAUAAAUUAGUAAGGUUUAAAUAUGUGUAUAUUGUUUAAUUUGUCGAAUAA